UGGAUUUAAAACACCCGGGAAGGGUGUUACGAGAAGGAGACAACACCCGAGGACACCUGCAGAUCCUGAAUCUCGACGGUAGAUGGCGUCCGGCGGACCCUGGCCUGCGGAGUGCCCCCUGACCCCGGUCAGAGGUAAGGCAGCUUUGAAAUGUUAUACUAAAAUUCCCUAUAAAUGAUUUUAAGGUAAAUUUAUUAUAUAUUAAGCAGGGUUUAAGUGUGUAGACUGACAGUUAAUCGAAGUUGUGGGAACAGAGUUGUGGAUUUCACUUGAUAUCUUGACCUAUAGAACCAUGUUUUAAUGUCAGAAAUGUUUAAAUGUGCACGGGGAAAACGGUCAAACUUAUUGACUGAGGUGUGCUGGGGUAAAAGAAAAAAAAACUUUUGAUUUGCUCAUGUAUGUAUGGUGUAAAGACUUCAACUUCAACAUAGUUAACCGUCGAUAUUAAAUUUUUAAAGAUGGCGCCUCUGAGCGAGUCUCAAGUGGAUGGGAUGCGUGUACGUGCCUUGCAAAACUCAUUUAUGCCAUGGCUGUGAUGUUUAGGUCAUUUAAUGGUAUGAAGUCUGUUUAAAUAACUAAAAGAUAUGUAUUGAAGUGUUGAGACUGAAUUGUAAUGUAGCCACUCUGCGGACGCGUCUCCUACACGCUUGUUUUUAAACUAAUAGAUUUGAAGUUUAAAGAAGAAAAAGCUCUGGUUUCCAAGAAGCAGAUAUCUUUAUUAAGCCACCUUGUGAACCUGGUGUAAAUGUAAUCAAUGCGCAAGAUUUGGAUAAAUUCCCAUAUAUUUUGGCGUGCGUUUUUACAUACGGAGCUCAGUGACACUGGGAACUUUUUGGCAAACCCCAACAUUUUAGGCAGGUUUUACGAACUGCAGCUAGCUAAGUGAUGUCUGCGCUUUAAUGACAGUUCCCCCUUGCCAACAAAAAAAUCACCUCUAAUUGAUACUGAAAAGUGUCCGAAACAUCAAAACACGACAAUUGCUUCUCCUUGUUUUCCAUGUGCUGGAAUUAAGUUGAAACUUAAAGGGACUUAUAUGUGUAUAGAUAAUCAGCAAAAAUCAAGGUUGCUUAAUUUGUCUUUGCACUUCAACCGUCGAAUCCUGUUUUAGCAACAUUUGAAAUGGUAUUUCAACUUUUUGUAAACUUCGGUACUAAGAUAAGUUGUGUUAGAGGUGAGAUAUUUACUAAAAGAUGAUAUGACAGAACCACAGGUGUCCAAACAUUGAGGAUUUUGAGAGUAAGUAUUGAGAUGGUAUUUAGUUGUGUGUUUCUUCGUUAGGAGGAUGUAUUUUGCCAUGGCUGUUAAACUUAAUUCAUAGAUUAAGGACUUAUAUUGUUAAAAUAAUGUAAGGUGUGUUUUUAGGGAUUUGUUGGUUCAUAAUGUGCUUUGAUGUAGAGCAGUGGUUCUCAAGUCCAGUCCUCGAGGCCCACUGUCCUGCAUGUUUUGGAUGUUUCCCUGCUCCAACACAUCUAAUUGAAAUGAUUAGCUCGUUAUUUAGCCAUCACAGAGCUUGAUAACGAGCUGAUCAUUUGAAUCAGGUGUGUUGGAGCAGGGAAACAUUCAAAACAUGCAGGACAGUGGGCCUCGAGGACUGGACUUGAGAACCACUGAUGUAGAGUGAGGCGAUAAGAUUUGGAUUUGUGUAGCAGCCACUGUGCGCAUCUCUUCAACUCUUGCUCUUAUUAAUUAGAUGCACUGAAAAACAGGCUGUGAAAGAGAUCUGUGAUAGGUGCAAAAAGCAGGUGUGAUGAUUAGCAUGGGCUGUUUAAGUGAAUCUUGCAUGGUUCAGUACUGGUCAGAAUUAUGGGCAAGUGGAUCUGGGUUAUAACAGAAGACCAACCUUCUGCACAGUGAUCUGAAACUGUAGAUCCUGGCCUCCAUGGUUCACAUAUGGUGCUGCUGAUUUACAGUCAGAGUCAAAAGUCUAAAAUCAGUGAUGCUGUCGUAAUGUUUGUAUUCCCUGUAGCAGAGCUGCUGUUAGCUGUCUGCUUUUAUUCUAAGUGUAAUAACUCUGUUAGCUUAACUACAGUUAUUAUCGCUCAUAUGUGGUCAUUAUACUCCAACAGCAGAAUACCAUCCAUAAUCCUGCAAGCCUCAUAUUUCAUUCUCUUAUGGAUGCACAGAUUAUGACAGUAUGAUACUUUUCUUUCCACAGGUGGUGCCCCUCUUCCUCCUGCUCAUCGUCCUGACUGCCCUCCUUCUCUUCCUCCUUCCCCUUCUCCUCCUCCUACCUCUGCUCCUCUUCCUGCUCCUCCUCUUGCUUUCUCCCCUGCUCCUCCUGCUUUCUCUUCUGCAUCUCUCCCGGAGUUAUCCUCUCUUGCUUCUCUUGGUGUCUCCUGUGCUGAUUUUCCUGCUGCCUUGACCUCACGAAGGUUCAGGCAAUGGGAGGACAGUGACCAGGAGGUGGGGCCCUAACCAAAGAGAGUAAGAUUGGGUGAUGAAGGGAGCGAUUCUCAUGCUCUUUUCCGUCUCUCCUCUCCUCCUCUUGCCUCCUAUUCAGGGCUAACCUCAUGCUUGCUCUUCAGACUUCUCUGCUUGGAGAGGGGGCAGGCAGUCAGAGGUCGGUGAUCAGGAGGAAGGCUGGUCACCAUAGAUGCCAACAUGGCCUGAUGAGGAACCAUUAGGCCAUGUUGGCAGAGCUCCGCCCAUCCAUGCAAAAAAG